AUGGAGGUUAUCAGAAGAAGACUGGGUUUGGAUUCUCUGUUCACAGUGGAUAACGUAGGUUUUAGUGGCGGGUUAGCCAUCGUUUGGAAAAGAGAGUUGGAGGUUAAUAUUAUAAGUCAUUCGGCUAACCUUAUUGACAUCACCAUUAAGCAUUCGGCUGAGUCCCCUACAUGGCGGUUUACCGGCUUCUAUGGCAGUCCGGCUAGACAUAGACGUAAGGACACCUGGGAGCUCCUCAAAGAGCUAUCUACAAACAACUCACUCCCUUGGAUGCUGAUGGGAGACUUCAAUGACAUUCUUAGUCCAGAAGAGAAACUAGGUGGGGCCCAACAACCCCUUUGGCUCAUGCAAGGCUUCAGGGAAGCAAUUGAGUUCAGUGGAUUGAGAAAUUUUGAGUUCAAAGGGUAUCAGUUCACUUGGGAAAGAGGUAGAGGUACACCUAACUGGAUCAGAGAGAAACUUGACCGGAUUCUUGUCAAUGAUGGGUGGUUGGAUAUUUUUGGGGAAGCUUGUGCAGAAUCUCUCGAAACUCCCUUAAGUGACCAUCUUCCUAUAGCUGUGUGGCCUGCAUAUACACUUCGGAUUAGGAGGAGAAAAUUUAAGUUUGAAAACUAUUGGCUCAAGGAAGCACAUUGCAGGGAGAUUGUGCAUCAGAGUUGGAGCUAUACAGAAGGCCUUAACUUAUGUUCCAGAUUUGAGCUAUGUAGCCACGCAAUAUGGAAAUGGGGCAAGGACAUCAACCGAAACUUGCAACCACAAAUAGCAGCUCUCAAAAGACGGAUGGGCAUCCUUCGUUGUAGAACUGACAGUAAAGGUAUGUGGGAAUUCUCGAAUGCUCAGCAACAAUUUAUCAACCUCUUGGAUAAGCAGAAUUUAUACUGGAAACAAAGGGCUAAGUUAUUCUGGUUCCAAGGAGGAGAUAACAACACCAAAUUUUUCCACAAUGCGGUUAAGCAGAGGAGAAGAAAUAAUGACAUCCAGAAGCUCAAAAAUGACAGAGGAAAUUGGAUCACUCACGGACCAGAACUAAAUUCAUUGAUGAUGAACUACUUUACUAGGAUUUUUUCCAGCAGUGCGGGGGAUGACGUUCCUGUCCUUAACUGUGUUAAUCACAAAGUUACCAGUGCCCAAAACAGAAUUCUCUUGAGAAAGUUCAAUCAUGAUGAGAUUAAGAAGGCGGUGUUUGGGAUGCAUCCUGAUAAAAGUCCGGGAGCUGAUGGUUUUAACCCAGGCUUCUUUCAAUCUUACUGGGAUAUUUUAGGAGAAAGUCUAGUUUGCUUCUGCAAUGAAUUCUUGACUACUGGAAAGCUUCCCAAGGGGCUGAAUAUUACUCAGAUUGUUCUGAUUCCUAAAAAAUCUAAUCCAGAAUUUAUGUCUGACCUCAGGCCUAUAGCUCUCUGCUCUGUAGCUUACAAGAUCCUUGCUAAGGCUUUAGCUAACAGGCUUAAACUUUUGCUAAAUGACAUUGUCUCGGAUAACCAAAGUGCCUUUGUUCCAGGUAGGCUAAUAACAGACAACGUUAUGAUCGCUUUCGAAAUGCAACAUUUUUUGAAGAGAAAAUCCAGUGGGAAGGAAGGUUAUGCAGCUCUCAAGUUGGAUAUUAGCAAAGCUUAUGACAGGUUGGAAUGGCCCUUACUGCGUAACAUCAUGAUUAGAAUGGGAUUCGAUGAGAAAUGGGUUGGUCUUGUGAUGGAGUGUGUCUUCAGUGGAGUAUUUUGUGCUAAACAAAAAUGA